GCCGAUGUUUAUCUGAUGAAGAAGGAGAAAGCAGCUGGCUGUUGUUUACAAAGUGUUUUUUUUAAUGAAUUGUUGUCCCGUCAACGAUUAUGGAAACUCACGGUGACGCUGUAACGUGUGUAGCUAAGGUUACUUCGCGUGACUACUGUUCACUUUGACGUCAGCUGUGGAAAACACGUGCACGUGAGCGAUGGAGAAAGCGUUCAGUCAGUGGAAGAAGCAGUGUCUCAACAAACUGGACUUGAGUAAGAAGGGAAGCGUGGAUGAGGACAUCGCCAAUGUCGUGUCUCUGCUCAACAGCCGUGAGGAGUACUUCACCACCAGCUCCUGCUCCGGGAGAGUCAUCCUCAUCGACCGGGCUGCAGGGAGCUCCGAUAUCCACAAACAGAAUUGCGUUUGGCUCUUUGUCUCACACCAGAAAUGUACAUCGGAAGACCUGAUGUGCGCAUUGGCCGGGUCCAGUGGAGAUGCAGUGUUUAAGUUCGAGCCCUUUGUGCUCCAUCUUCAGUGUCGGUGGCUGGAGGACGCUCAGCUGAUGCAUUCUGUGGCAGUCAACUCCGGCUUCAGGAACUCUGGGCUCACUGUCGGCAAGACAGGAAAAAUCAUCACGGCUGUCAGAAGCACCCACGGACUGGAGGUGCCUCUCAGCCGCGAAGGAAAGCUCCUGGUUGAACAUGAGUACAUCCAUUUUCUUACUCAGAUAGCCAAUCAGAAGAUGGAGGAGAACCGGAGGAGGAUUCACAGGUACUACCAGAAUCUACAGUCGGCCCUGACUAAAGAGAAACUCCAAUUACUCCCAAUCCCAAGUCCUCCCAUCUCACAGAAACCACGAGACAAUCAACUGGAGACAGAGAGGAGGGACGAACCAAAGGAGGACAAAGAGCAGAAGAAUGCAAGUGUGUAUAAACGGAGGCGGAAAAGAGAACAACCCCAUCGAGCUGGCUGUUGUCAUGGUGACAGGGCCAGCCUCCUGCCGGAGCUGGAUGACUGUCUGGAUCUGUUCACAUGAAGCAGUAGCUCUGCAAACAUGCUGACAGGCUGCUGUCAUGACUGACUGGAUAGUAGUGCAGACUGUUGUUUUUAUUUGUGUUUAGAUCAUCACCGUGGUAACCCACACUGCACCCCGAAGCUGCUCCAGUCACUAGGUUGGAGUGAUGGGUCCUUUCUACCCUGUCUCUACAUGCAUGGAUUUAUAUACAGUAACACAUCAGGAGAUGUUUUGGUUUCCAUGAUAUCCAAAAUGAAACUUUCCGUAUUAAUCUAAAAAUGAUAAAAUAUAUUAUAAUAGAGCUAAUUAGGACACAUAGGUGUUUUUGCCAUUUAAUUAAAGCACUUGUGUGCUUGACUUUUCAUGUGGCUUAGACUCCUGGCUGUGCAUUUUUUUUAUCUUUGGAAUUGUCCCGUCUUACCUGAAGCCACUACCCAACCUGCAUUGAAGAAACCCAACUUAGAUCCGGCUUGCAUAUAAACUCCAGACCCAUAUCAACUUCCUUUCCUGUCCUAAAUGUUAGAAAAAGAAAAGAAACCAACUUACUGCUGCACUGGAGAGGCACAAUAUAUGUGACAGAUUCCAGUCUGGGUUCUGUAAAAAAAACAGUCAACUUCUGAGGGUUUCAAAUGACAUUCUCAUGUCUUCUGAUGCGGGCGAGUGCUCUUUAUUAGUACUUCAGGAUUUUAGUUCAGUGUUCGAUACUGUAGACAAAGACAGUGUAUACUGUACACACUUUCCAGGCUCGCAAGCUCCUUUUCAACCGACCAUGUCAUGGCGAUGGCAUUAGACGGGCUUACCUCCUACCUUGCUGACACCAGCUUCAAUGUCUCUGAGGGUUGGUUUGGGUCUCAAACCUCUCCAGUGUUUUCUGCCUUUUCUCUUUAUUUCUUACCUUUUAGGACCAAUUCUAAAAAGUCAUUUUUGCAUCAUUUUUACGCAGACCGUUGGUGAACAAGCUUUUGAGGCAGUAGCUCCUGAACUGUGGAAUGCUCUGCCUGCAGCUCAAAACCCAUCUUUUUAAACUGGUGUUUCUGUAAAACCCAUGUCCUGUUCCUGCUUUUUAACUUACUUACGUUGUGUAUUGUCCAUCAUGUGCGGGGGGGCAACGGUGGUUCAUGGAGUAGAGGGUCCACUGGGAACCGCAAGGUUGGCGGUUCAAAGCCUGACUGCUCCAUGUCCCAUGUUAAAGUGUCCCUGAGCAAGACGGCCAACCCCUGGACGUCCCUACGGCUGCACACUACUCCCACUGUGUGGGACGGAUUAACUAAUGCAAUGUAAGUCCCUUUGGAUAAAAGCGUCCUCUAAAUGACAUGUAAUGUGUCUGUUAUUUAUUGGCCCCUUUUGGUCACAGUUUUUCUCUUUAUGUUGCCAUGUAAAGCACUUUGUGAUCCUGGUGUGUACUAAGCGCUCUAUAAAUAUGUUUUACUUGCCUUGUUAAAAUGACCAGGUUUCCAGCUCAGAGGCUCAUUAUUGACCAAAUAACAGCAUCAUAGUAGAGCGUCACAGAUACAGUCUGGAUGCCAACGACUAGAAUAAUAAUUCAAUCUAGAAUCCAAUAAAACAUAUCCGCCAUGAA